AUGUGGAAUCCGCUUGGCCAAGCAGCGCUCAACAAUACGCCAGCCUGGCGCCCAGAGCCUUACGAGCGGGGAACCUUCAAUAUCCUCUCGACAUGCCUCCUCACUCUUUCAUUCUGUGCUUGGUCCACGCUGCAUCUCAAUAUCCCAGAUGAACGUGAUAGUGAAAUGCAAAAGUUCCGGCGGAAGAUCAAAUGGCAACUAGCAGCCAGUCUUGAGGACUCGUCGCCUUCCCCAGGAGUGGAGAGGAGCUUAUGGCGAAGAGUGCUAGAGUUUCUUCGGGUCAGAAAAGGGAGCCAGAUUGCUCAGGAUGACACUGAACUCGGUUCCCUGCCACAAACCUCGGGAUCAGCCUCGGCACAGCGACGGCAUCAAUGGACGAUCAAACAUACUCACUACGCCCUCAUGGGUGGGUUUGUCUUUGACUUGUCUCAGCGAAGCUCCUGUUCGACCACAAUACGUCUUCCAGAUGGUCGUCAACAUUUGACUCUGACUCCAAGCGCUGUCAUCUUUCUAGCGGAAAACCAUCACAAGCUACUGCCCGAUGUUUCAGAGGCAUUCAUCCUCGAUAAAGGAAAAACCACCUGCCUAACAAAGUCGAUUAUUCUCGGUCAGGCCCUCUGGUUUUGCUGCCAAUGCAUCAGCCGCUUGGUGCAAGGGCUGCCAGUCACCCUGCUUGAGCUGAACACCAUCGCUCAUGUCCUGUACGCGUUCUUCACCUACUUCAUCUGGUGGGACAAGCCCUUAGACAUAUCCGAGCCUACAGAGAUCAGAGUAUCAGACCUCGAGGUCAAGCAGCUAUGUGCCGCCAUGUGCGUGAGGAGCAGCCUCUUCUCGAGAAAGCGGUGCGAUGGCCAUCGUAGGUCCGGAUUCCUCAAACCGUAUACCGAUCAGACGCUCAACGACACAAUCAUAAUGGCCUCAGAUGCGGAGAUGCCCGUCGCCUCGUUGCCGAACGAUGGGGAGAUGCAAGAUCUUCGUGUGCCGGUUAACAGGGGGACUUCUAUGGCUACGACCUUAAACAAUGAGUCUUCUCCGCAAUCCACUGGCCAGGACUGUCGACUCGAUAUAGACGCUCCGCCAAGGGAUGCUCAGUGCCGUCCCCAAGAUUCAACCGGCCCGUUCCAGAUUGCGCUCGGGGAGACCAAAAAGGGGAUCAGCUUUGACCGAACGUUGGGCAUGAUGGCACCUGAACACAUCCCGCAAGGGUACUUUACUCUUACUGUCAGGCAGCGUCUGAGCAGGCGUGCAAUUGAUUUGUCCCCACCGGUGAUAACCGUGGACGAGGGAACGCAGGCCCUGUUUAGCCUUGCAAGUGGAUACCAAAACCCCAGUGCCAUAGAACGUCAACAGAAGACUGCACAAUCCCAAGGAUUCGUCAAUCUGCGAUCAAAGGACCUCGAUUGGUCUGAUUUUUGGGGCUCAGAGAAGGGAAAAAACACCUUCAUGACUUUCCUUUAUGCGGGCUGUAUAUACGGCGGCCUACACCUAAUCGCCUGGAACGGUCCAUUUCGCACACACACGGAGGUCUUGCUUUGGAGGAUUGCGGCAGUCACCAUUACAGGUCCCCUGGCACUGUUAGGCAUCGGAGUGGGCUUGUUUCUUGUCUUAUUCCCUUUCAUGCUCGCUUAUAUUCUAACUUGCCUUAUCACUUUCCUAUGCUUCAGGGGAGCAGCAGGGAUACUCGCCCAGUGGAGAAUUGAAAGCUUUUUAGAACUCGGCGACAUAACCAAGACUGCAGCCUGGUCGAAACUUCAAACAGACAGCUGGCUUAAAAAGGUGAUUGUCGCAGUCACAGUGCUGGUCUACUUGGCGGCUUUGUUACUCUAUGGUCUCUCGCGGCUUUUUAUCGUCGUGGAAUGUUUUAUUAGUUUAGCCUUUGCGCCAACGGAUACGUUUCGACUACCCAACUGGUCUGUUUAUUUCCCUCACGUUGGAUAG